UUCUCAUCGUCUGUCUCCCUUGCACGUCACUCAUUACUCGAAGCAACGCAAUUGCCGGGCCUUCAAAACAUUAUCCUGACACUGCUUGCCCUUUGUACGCCACAGCACACUUCGACUUUCUACUCUCCUCUCCUCUACUCUACUCUGUACUCUCUCUGCCUGCACCCCUUCGUCAUGUCUUCCCCCACACGCAGGCGGUCAACCCGCAGCUCUCAGGCCGGAACCCCUCGCCGAUCCACGAGGAACUCGUCCGUCGCCCAGAGUAGUCCUGCUGCCGGUCCUGCUGACAAUGCAUCGCAGGAGGGCUCGCAGGAGGGCUCGCAGGGCGCCCGAACCCCUCGUCAGCCCCGCCCCUCGAGGCUCCAAUCCAGCCCUCUCGUCUACCAGUCGUCCUCUCCCGCCCCCGCCCCCGCCCCCGCCGCCGCCGACCGUAACGGCCCCUCCAACCACAAUGUCUCGUCCCCCCUGCGCCAUAUGACCAACAGCCAGAGCUCUGCCGCGGCGAGACCGCCUCCUAGCUCCCCUCUCCGCCAGCAGACUGAUACGCAGUCCCAAGGCGAUGGUGAUCGGACGCCUCGGGCCAGCGCCCAGAUGCGAGACUCCUCCCCUAUCCGAUACGACCCGAGUUCAAGCCCAGGCCGAUCUGUAAGACCGCCGCACUCGCACUCUGACCUGCGCAGCGAGAGCAGCAGCGGUCUCUUCGUUUCCGACCGUUCCGCCACCGCCCGCUCCCGCAGAGGCGACAUCAACUCCGACGCCCUGGGGCCGUCUUCUCGCUCCGUCCGUCGCCUCUUCGUCGACGAAUCCGGCCGUGUGACGCGGGAACACGCCGCAGCACCCGCACCCCUGGGGUCGGAUGCCGCCUCGUUCAGCAAUCCGGAUCCGCACACCUCCGAAGCCGAUCGCCUGGCCGGCCAGGGCCAGAGCAUGAUUUGGGGUACCACCGUCUCCAUCGACGACACCUUCAACGCUUUCAAGGACUUCUUGCGCCACUUUACCCUCAAAUACCGUAUGUACAGAGACGGCGCUACCGAGGCCGACGUGCACGACGCUCCCGAUGCCAACUCCAAGCCCUACUGGGAGGCCCUCGAGAACAUGCUUCUCCUGGGCAGCACGAGACUCUACCUCGACAUUUCCGACCUCAACCUCUACCCCCCCACGCGCAAACUGUGGCACCAGAUCCAGGCCUACCCGCAGGAGAUUGUGCCCGUCAUGGAUCAGUCCGUCCACGACUUGAUGGUGGAGCUGGCCAGGACCGAGACCCUACGUCAGCGCUCACAGAGCUCCACCGGCCCGGGGUCGCAGCGCAACAGCAACAACAACAACAACAAUCCGAGCUCGCAGAGCUCCGAGCCCAUGUUCCCCAGCUCGGAUCGGCCGGAUGAGCCCCCCUCGCAACGGUCCCAAGCCGACCAGCCCUCGUUGGAGGAUAGCGUCUCGCAGAUGAUCUACAUGGUGCGUCCCUUCGGCCUGGACAAGAUCACCAACCUACGAGACCUCAACCCGUCCGACAUGGACAGGCUCAUCACCAUCAAGGGUCUCGUCAUCCGGACCACCCCGGUCAUUCCCGACAUGAAGGACGCCUUCUUCCGCUGCAACGUCUGCAACCAUUCCGUCAACGUCGGCCUCGACCGGGGCAAGAUCCGCGAGCCCACCGAGUGCCCCCGCCCUCGCUGCGCCCAGAAGAACUCGAUGCAGAUCGUCCACAACCGCUGCUCGUUCGAGGACAAGCAGGUCAUCAAGCUGCAGGAGACCCCCGACGCCGUGCCGGCCGGUCAGACGCCGCACUCGGUCUCCGUCUGUGUGUACAACGAGCUCGUGGACUUUUGCAAGGCCGGUGAUCGCGUGCAGCUGACGGGCAUCUUCCGCGUCAACCCCGUACGCGUCAACCCUCGCCAGAGGACCAUCAAGAGCGUCUACAAGACCUACGUCGACGUCCUGCACGUGCAAAAGGUCGACAAGAAGCGGAUGGGUGCCGACCCGUCUACCCUGGUCAUCGAGGGCGACGAGGGAGACGAUGCCGCCAGGGCCGACAACAACAACAUGGAGCAGACGCGGAGAAUCACGCCCGAGGAAGAGGAGAAGAUCAAAGAGACGGCGGCGCGGGACGACAUUUACGAGCUCCUGUCGCGAUCCCUCGCGCCGUCCAUCUUCGAGAUGGACGACGUGAAGAAAGGCAUCCUCCUGCAGCUCUUCGGCGGCACGAACAAGACCUUCCAGAAGGGCGGCAGCCCCAAGUACCGCGGCGACAUCAACGUCCUCCUCUGCGGCGACCCGUCCACCUCCAAGUCGCAGCUCCUGGGCUACGUGCACAAGAUCGCCCCGCGCGGCGUCUACACCAGCGGGAAGGGCUCCUCGGCCGUGGGCCUGACGGCGUACGUGACGCGCGACCCGGAGACCCGCCAGCUCGUCCUCGAAUCGGGCGCCCUCGUCCUGUCGGACGGCGGCGUCUGCUGCAUCGACGAGUUCGACAAGAUGUCCGAUGCGACCCGCUCGGUCCUCCACGAAGUCAUGGAGCAGCAGACCGUGUCGGUGGCCAAGGCGGGCAUCAUCACCACCCUGAACGCCCGGACGAGUAUCCUCGCUUCUGCCAACCCCAUCGGCAGUAGGUACAAUCCGAAUUUGCCGGUUCCCCAGAACAUCGACCUGCCGCCGACGCUCCUGUCGCGUUUUGAUCUCGUGUAUUUGAUCCUCGAUCGCGUCGAUGAGAAGAAUGACCGUCGACUGGCUCGCCAUCUUCUCUCCCUGUACCUUGAAGAUGCGCCCGACUCGGCGCCUUCGAACAAUGACAUUCUCCCCGUCGAGUUCCUCACCUCCUACAUCUCCUACGCCCGCGCCACCAUCCACCCCACCAUCUCGCAAGACGCCGCCCAAGAGCUCGUCGACAGCUACGUCGAGAUGCGCAAGCUGGGCCAAGACGUCCGCGCCGCCGAGAAGCGCAUCACCGCCACGACGCGCCAGCUCGAGUCCAUGAUCCGCCUCGCCGAGGCCCACGCCAAGAUGCGCCUCUCGCACACCGUCACCCGCGCCGACGUGAAAGAGGCCGCCCGGCUCAUCCGCUCCGCCCUCAAGACCGCCGCCACCGACGCCGAGGGCCGCAUCGACAUGAGCCUGCUCACCGAGGGCACCAGCGCCGCGGAACGCCGCCGCCGCGAUGAGAUCAAGGACGCCACGCUGCGCUUGCUGGACGACAUGACCGCCGGCGGACAGGCCGUGCGGUGGGGCGAGGUGGCGCGCUUGUUGGGCGAGGGGUCCAGCGUUCCGGUGGAGCAGGCCGAGUUUACCGAAGCCAUGCGCGCGCUGGAGAUGGAGGGGUUGAUUCUGGUGGCUGGGGAGGGGGCUAGGAGGACUGUGCGGCGUGUCACUGCUGUUGUCUAGGAGGGAGCAGAUCCGACGAUGUGAUGCUCAUGUUCGUAACGGAAAGGGAGAUUCGUGAUUUACAGAUGCAACUCCAAGAUCGAUUUCCAGAUUCCACCAACUCAUGAGAACCAAAACACCUCAUACAACAAACCGAAUUGCUCCGAUCCAUGCAUCGAUCUCUAUGGGGUUUUUUCUUCUUCUUUUUCCUCUCUUUUCUGCCCCUGCUUGCUUUCCCUCACCAAUACUCCCGACUCCGCCCCUCGACAACGAAAUUGAUAAUGACAGACACGAAAAGGGCGGCGCAGAGGGCGCUCGGCCCCCAGCGGUCGUAGUACUUGACGUUCCGGCGGUUGCGGAUGGCGGCGCUGCGGUACAGGUAAAUGGCGACGGAGUAACAAAUGGAGAGGACGGCGAGGAGGGUGAAGAUGCCGGCGACGAUGAAGGAGGCGCUGGUCGGGCUCGCGCUGAAGUUGAGGAGCGUCACGGCUACCGCGCCCACGUAAAUAGAGUAUUCGAGC